UAUCAGGUUUUGUUUAUCGCUGUUGUUACGUUUGUAGUAAAAUGAAGUUAAUAAAGUUUUAAAAUCGAAGAUUGUGAAUUCAAUACUAUUAAGAUAAUAUGGGAUGUGAUUCUACAAUCAAAUAUAAUUUAACUUUUAGUGAUGGAGUGCUCGGCUAAAGCAACAAAUUAGUAAUUACCAAACUUGCUUAAGUGUGAUAAGAAUAAGUGAUUAAUUAUUAGCAGAAUGGCAUUUUCUUUUAAUAAACUUAAAAAUAUUCUCAAUACAAAUAAAGACAGUACUCUUAACGGAAGUGGUAGUUCAGAGCCAGAAAUAGGUUUUAAAUUAUCAUUACAUCCGAUCAGCAAAAAUUUGUUUAUUACUGUUAUCGGUGCCAGGAAUCUACCAUCCUUUUUUGGACUCAGCCGUGCUCACGGAUACCUUGUUAAGGUAAAAGUUUUCCCGGGCGACAAUAAAUAUGAAACCACACUUCAAGACACAUCAAAUCCAGUUUGGAACGAAGAUUUCAAGUUCCAACUGAAACCGAAAGACGCGAAAAAGACAGACUUACAGAGCCAACUUGCUGGUCACUUUUUGUCUCUAACAAUUUACGCCUUACUUGACACACCGAAACCAGAUGACAAAAAGAAGAGUUCGAAAACUCUUGACGCUAAAACAACUAUGAAUACAAUGAAUGAGGAACCAAAGAAGUCUUUACUGUCUUCGUUCAGUAGUUUUAAAGUUUCAAAAGAGUCUGCGCCCCAAAAGGGCAUUCUUGAGAAGAGAAGGACAGUGGGAGCUGCGACGUGGAAUUUCGACUCGAAGCUAUUUCAGAACGACUUGAAGAAUGGAUUGAUUGGAACACCUGAUAUUUGGAGGCCGAUCAAUGCAAUUACAAGCGGACUCAGCGCUGUCGAUACACGAAGGGAAAAUAGAAAAGGUCAGUUGGAAGUGACGCUUUUAUACUCUGGGAGUGAGGAUGGCUUCAAUGACACAGUGCAACUCACAGUCAACAGACUACGUUGCAGUGUACAGACUAUGCAAGAACAUGAACAAUUUAAAGCACCGCUGUAUCUAAAAGCAACAAUUUUGGAGGCGAAUAAAGCGGAAUGCUACUGGAAAAGCGACAGAUUUGUUCCAACAAUAUCGGCUAGGUGGGAUCCUAAGUCUGCUACCGUUAAACUAUCGGUAUUCAAAGUAAAUUUAAAUAAAGUCAGCAUUUAUAUAAGCCUCGGGUGCAAAACUAAAAUGGCCAAGAAGGAAAUUCUAGGUAAAGCAACAAUAGACGAUAAAUCUGCGAACUCGGAGAGUUGGACGGAAACUUUGCGACAGCCCGGCGUGCCUAAGACAUUCUGGGUUAAUUUCGAGUGAUUUACUUUUGAUUUUUUAUAUGAGAAAAUAAAGAUGGACGAUCAAAUUUAGUGUUAAGUAACUUGCACUGACUGUCAU